AUGGCAAAGAGAGGCGCCACGCUGACCGAUGUGGCGGCGCGCGACACGCUGUUUUCAGACCUUGACCUUGCAUUGCGCGCGCUGCUGUUGUCGCAGGCGGGGCCUCAGGCGGGGAGAGUUCUGCGUGUUUUGCCCACGGCCGCAGAGCUCCGGCUGCCUAGCGAGCUCAUCUGCGCCUACCGCUGCGGGCGCCUCGCCGAUGCUUUGGGUGUGCUACGGACCAGGGCUGCACCGGUGGAGCGGGCGAUCGCGCGUGUCUGCCGUGAGGAGGGCGGGCAGGCGGCCAUGCAUGUCCAAGUGGCGGAGAUGAAC